UUGACUUUUCAUCUCUUUAGUCUUCAUCACAUCUCCUCGAGACAACAUGACAAUUGACAACCAACCAAACUGAAACUCAAGUACUCAUGAACAACACAAAGUGGGAAGAAAGACUCCAAGCUCUAACACACAUACUAACCCACCCCACCACAACCCCAUCACUCCACUCCCAGUUCUUCAUCUACACUCAGCUCCCCUCCAACUACAACUUAGACUACUACCCACCAAUCUUGGCCUCUAAAUCCACUCAACUCAAAUGGGCUUUCUCUCUUUUCCUCCACAAGCUUUUGAGAUUUGGAGUCCCUCAGACUUCUUGGAGAUCAAAAUGCCCUUACCAAAUCCCACCGCCUUUGAUACUUGCAAAGGGCGUUGAAGAAGCUAAGUGGGAUGAUGAUGAAGGAAAAAAAGAGUAUGUGAUCAAGAGAAUGAGGAAGAGAAGGCUGGGGAAUACUAUUAAUCCUUUGAUUCCUAUUAUGAUACCUAAUAUGUUGGUACUGUCUCUUUUGUUUUGGAUUCCAUCUCCUGAUAACCGUUUCUAGAGUCAUGAAGUAGUUUAAAUUUUUUGUAAUUGUCAUAUGUUUUUGCUAUGCUAAAAAGAUAAGACUUGGUUAAAUUUUGCUAUUGUAAUGUGUAUAAGUAGCAACAAUAUGUCAUCACGCUGAGAAAGUAAUGUAUAUGUUAAAAUUAGUUGUUUUAGGUUUUGGUAUGAGCCAGAAUCAGGUUUUCAGGGUAUAGAAAAUCUUGCAUCCUGUACAGGAGUUUGUGAUGUUUUGAUCACAAAUGUAUAGUCAGGGAGCAAGAGUUUGAGUUUUGUGCUCAAUUUUUCAUAUUUUAGAAAGCAGUAUAAGUACAAUAAAAUAUGUUCAUAUUA